AUGGAGACCGUACGCUCGGGCUUGCGAAUCGUCGGCUCCGUCGCCGCGCACGCCGCCGUCGGCGUCGGCGCCGGGUCCGUCGCCGCGGUGUCCACGGUCCUGCCGUCCACGGGCGGCGCGAUCGACCUCAUCGCGGUGCGCCAGCCGGACGGGUCGCUGCGAUGCUCGCCGUUCUACGUCCGGUUCGGGAAGUACCAAGGCCUCAUCCGCGGCCCGGAGAAGGUGGUGACCGUCACCGUGAACGGCGUCCUCACGGACUUCACGAUGCGCUUGGGGCGGAACGGCGAGGCGUUCUUCGUCGAGACGACCGAGACCGCGGAGCUCGUCGACGUCGCGCGGCUCGCGGCGUCGCUCGAAGACGGCGGCGCGCAGAGCGCGGACGUGAGCAUCUUAGAGGAAGGCGCGACCGACGACGAGCUCUCGGAGGACGACAUGAGUAACUUAGAGGGAGAGAUCGCGCGCCUGCGGAGGGGCGUCGCGUCGACGUCGCGCGGGAGCUCGGGGGUGAAUUCCGACGACGGCCUGGACGCGGGACCGCACCCGUUCCUUCGCACGAUCUCGUCCAUCUCCCGCGCGGAGCGCGAUCUCCUCGCGCGCGCGGACUCGCUCGACCCCGAGGACAUCGCGUCCGAGGUGGAGAAGCUCGCGCUGGAGACGGCGAGCGCGCGCGCGAACCGCGGCGACGGCGAGGAGACCGCCGGGGGAGACGAGAAGACCCUCGAGGGGCUGCGAGAGGUAGCCGCGAAGCUCGAUCUGGACGCGUCGACGACGGACGCGGACGCGGACGCGGCGGCGCACGGCGGCGGCGGGAGCUCCGGCGACGACACCGCGAAGGAGGUGAGCAAGGAAGGCUCCCCGGACGCGGCGAAGCGCGAGGCGACCGCGGCGGCGGCGACAGCGGCGACGCGAGAGGCGGCGGCGACGGCGGCGCGGGAGCAGCUCGCCGCCGCGGACCCCGCGCCCGGGGGGUGGGGGUGGCUGCACGGCUGGCGCGGGGAGAAGACCCCGACCGCGGCGUCUGCGGCGUCCGCGGAGGUGUCCGCGCGGUCGUCGCCGGCGAAGCCGCCCGCGGACGUCGUCGACGUCGGGUCGAUCGAGCGCGGGUACCUCAGCGAAGUGGACGCGGGCGCGGGCGCGGGGAAGGACGUCGAAGGACGCGGCGCGAAAAAAGCCUCAGGCUCCGCGGCGACGGGCGGAUCGCUGUUGCGAGCGCGGAGGAACACGACGAACUCGUCCACGGAGACCGUGCCUCUGUUCGUGUCCGUGCCUUCCGUGCCCAUGGGCGCGGCGCGCGUGGACCGGACGGACUCGCUGCGCUCGUCCGGGGAGGUGGACGCGAUGGACGACGCGACGACGUCGAUGGCGGCGGCGACGUUGUCGCUGCUCGGCGGCGGCGCGAACGGCGGCGCGGUGAUUCCUCACCUCGAGCUUUCCCUGUGCGGCGGCGACCUCGGGGCUUUCGACGAGCACCGCGUGGAGUUGCACGCGUUCGUCGCGGACCCGAGCGCGUUCGCGACGCACCCCGCGCUGCUCGUGAGGCCGGCGCGGCCGCGCGGCGCGCCGCCGGCGCCGCCGCUGCCGUGGGCGGCGGCGGCGCCGCAUCUCCUCGGGCACCUCGCGUUCGGGACGCCGCUCCCGGGGUCGUGGUUCAACACACCCGGGGGGGCGAUGAAGUACGCGUCCGUCCCGGGGUCGCCGAUCGCGGCGAGGCGUUCGUUCAGCGCGGGCGGAUCGCCGCUGCGCGCGCCGUCGAGCGCGGCGGCGGCGGACGUGACGCGCGCGGCGAGGGGGAAGACGUUGAAACGACCGAAACGGAAACUCCGGAAGAGCAUCACGCUGAACAGCGAUCAGGUGUCCGCGCUCGGUCUGCGACCGGGGAAGAACGUCAUCGCGUUCUCGUUCCAGUCCCGCGUCUGGGGCCGUCAAGAGGUGCAAGCGCACGCGUACUUGUGGGACUGGAACGCGAAAGUCGUCGUGUCCGACGUGGACGGGACAAUCACGAAAUCGGACGUGUUGGGCCACCUCGCGCCUAUGGUCGGCAAGGACUGGAACCACGCCGGCGUCGCGACGCUGUACAACAACAUCAAAGAUAACGGCUACCAGCUCAUGUUUUUAUCCUCCCGGGCGAUAUCGCAGAGCAAAAACACGCGGCAGUACCUCGAGAAGCUCACGCAAGACGGCGAGACGUUGACGCAAGGGCCGGUGAUGCUGGCGCCGGACCCGCUGUCCACAGCGCUGUACCGCGAGGUGGUCGUCAGGCGCCCGCAGGAGUUCAAGAUGCGAUGCCUUCGCACGAUCCGCGACUUGUUUCCCCCGGAGUGGAAUCCGUUCUACGCCGGGUUCGGGAACCGGGAGACGGACACGGUGUCGUACGCGAGCGUCGGGGUGCCGCCCGGGAGGAAUUUCACGAUCAACCCAAAGUCCGAGGUUGUCGCGGAGGUCACGAAGAUGACGAAGCGGUACACGCUCGCGGGGAUCAACGAACUCGUGGACGAGAUGUUUCCCGCGGUCGAGGAGAGCGUGGACAUCAAUGUUCCCGCGGAGUGCGACCAGUUCGGGGAUUGUCAGUUUUGGAAGAAGGACAUCCCGGAGAUCGACCUGGACGACUUGCCGUGA